AUGACGCCGCGCCUGGAUUGGGAGAGGAUGAUGAAGAAGAGGGCUGCAUUUUGCGCCAACACCAACACCGUCACCGCCACCGACACCAGCGCCAACACCACACCAACACCAACGACAGCAACAUCAACUGGGCCCGGUCUGCCAAGCGCUCAUCCCUGGGAUGACACAUGGAUCAACGAGCAAGUCAUAACUGCUCCAGUCGAUCAGCUCCAAGAUGCCAUCAUCGCAGUUGAUGCUGCUUAUUACAUCCAACUGUUCCUCGACAACCCUCCCUAUCACGAGCCCCUACUCCCCGCACUCGGCGGUUUGACUGGCCUUCAGUCCCACAUCGAAGGCGAUCUGGAUACCUGGAAAAACAACAAUACAACACCUUUCUUCAUCUUUGACGGCCAGUCCGUUGUGGGAUCAGACGAGGUCACGGUACAGAGAGGAAAGAAAGCCAAUGCCGGAACCGAUGAAGCCUGGGGUCUCUACUUCCAGAGCCAGGCCAACGAAGCUGUCUCUGCCUUCGGGUCCCACCGAGGCGCGUACCGCGUUUCCAACCUGUUCCCUAUGCUUCAGGGAAUUCUGAAGCGUCGUGGUCUUCAUUUUCUGGUUCCCCCGUACAAUGCUUCUGCACAGCUUACCUACUUCGACAUGAUUGCCUCCGAUCAAUGUUCAGCCAUAAUGGGCUCGCAAGAGCUUCUGCUGUAUCCAAUCAAGGAUAUCAUUCUUCGCCACAUCGAUUGGGACAAUGCAACUUUCAGUGCGAUUUCGAAGCAGGGUAUCGUGAAGGGACUGGGCGUGACUGAGCCCAUGUUCAUCGAUGCUUUGAUGAUGGCCGGCACAUCUUUCCUCCCAGCCUUUGCCCCGUUGAAGGAAUGUUCCAUCAUUCCACGUCAGCCCUACACGGUACAAGAUGCCGUCAAUAUGCUACGAACUUCGGAGAAGUCUGUGGCGACUGCCUGCAACUCGUUCAAUGACAUUUUGGGAAAGAGAGGCGAGCCCCACUGGUACAAGAAGUACUUGAAAGCCAGAAUGAGUCUCGAUCACUUCAUCUAUAUUGCGGAGAGUGGGGAGAUCCAGGUACACAACAACGACACACUGACCCAGGAUAACUGGGAAUACCUUGGUUACCAGUUGCCGGCCGAGCUGUUUCAUUACCUGAACACGGGACUCAUCGGAGCACGCCUCCUGAACUGGGUGACCCAUGGUCAAAUCAUUGUCUACCCAACCCUAGACGGAGUCGAAUCAGAAGAGUACAAGAAGCUGGUGACCGACCAGCUCAUGCCCCUUCGCGAGACGGCUAUGAGCCUUGUUCUUCCGAGACUGCACCGGGGUAUUCAAUUCAAAGCGAUCGCAGUGAAGCUGUGGUACGAUGACAAGUACUCUCACACUAUUGAGUACCGUCAAACCAUCCCCUCAGGCAAUUCAGCCAUUCAGAAGGCACACAGUUGGGACGUCAAGGCUGAUGCUGUAGCCAAGCACUUUCCGAAUGCGAAACAUGGCUCAAUCCAAUUCGAAGCAGCGGCACUAAAGAAUAAGGAUUUCGCCAAAUCCACCGUCACUGCUGAAAAGUUCAAGGGCAUCGCCUCUGCUGACCUCAUUCGAUCGGUGACGAUCUGGCGCUUCCUCCACAUUCGCGGCUAUGUCGACGAUAACCAUGACUUGACCCCUUGGGGUGAGGCUUUGGCCACGUCUCUGGAGACGCUGGAGCCUACUGUGACGAAGAACUCGGCAGUCCCUGGUCUAUUCGAAGCGGUUCUCCUUGCAUACGAGCUGCUUAGAUAUAAUCUUCUGAACACUCGCAACCAGCAUGGAGAGCUGAACGGUCUCCCGAUGACUGGCUCCGAGGAUCACAAGACAUCCGUUCUUCUCAUAAGUCGGUGCGCGACUCUGUUGAAGUUGCGUCACCAAGCUAAUGGCUACACCGGUCCAUUGAGCAAGAAUUUCCUGUGCUACCGGUCACUGAGCUCGUCGAUUCGUGAGGCAGACCGUGAUGUCAUCGAGGCGAUCGUAGCGUCCAUGUUGCUGCAUGCGCAAACGAAUCGCGAGCGAGAAGACUAUCUCGAGAUUGGCCAGAGCCUUCCCUUUCUUAUGGACCCAGAUGUUGCUCUUGGAAUCGCUGUCAAGACGUUCCUGGAUGACGGUCACGUCACUGAGAGUGCCGACCAGAAGGCUGCGAAGAAGGCGGAAUUCCCUGGCAAAUUCGUACCGUAUGCUACCAAUUUCUUCGAAGAUCUGGAAAUUGCGUGUGACUUCUUCGGUGCCAUACACGCCGGAGUCAAAACGCUUACGAACGAUAUCUCGGCUGCGGACCGGAAGAUCUGGGACAAAGCCUCGGCGUAUCUCAAGGCUCGCCUGUAG